AUGCGUUCCAUUUUACGCACUUUUCGAAAAACCAGUGUUUUCUGGAGGCAGUUCUGGGCGUUCGACUGUGAGAAAGCGCUGAACGCUUCGUAUGGGACCUGGAUGCAGUCGCAAGCUCGGUUGCUGCCGACGCUAGUGCCGGUGCGCCGUCGCUUUGCGUCAAGCAGCUGGGGCCAACAAGGUUCCGAGACAAGCUCAGCAACCAACAGCGCUGGUAGCGAUAGCGCGGCUUCUGUCGCGUCACAAACGAAACGCGACUUUCGGCCGCGCACUAUUCUUCGCUCGCAGACUCCCGUGGGCGAGCUCAUCCGAGGUCGCGGCGAACGCGUCUACCAAAUCGCUGCCAACGAUACCAUGCAGAACGCGCUGAAGAAAAUGUUCAUCCAUAACAUCGGUUGUUUGCUUGUUGUUGAGCAACCACAACAGAACGACGAGGCGUGCAAGCCGGUCGGAAUCAUAUCCGAACGCGACCUGACGCGCUUGCUGAUUAGCCGUGGUUCAAGUGGCGCCGCCUCAGCGGGCCGAACAACAGCUGACCUACUGUUGACCGUCAAAGUGCAUGAGUUCAUGACAAAGGCAAAUGCGCUUAUCUCCGUGACACCGGAUACGGACCUGGCAUCGGUGCUUGAGCUGAUGGCGUCGCGUCGCCUGCGACACCUGCCGGUUGUGCGCGACGGCCAAGCUAUCGGCAUGGUCAGUAUUGGGGAUGUGGUUCGUCGGCUCAUUGAGGAGUCACGAGAAGAAGCCGAUGCACUCAAGGAAUACAUAGCGGGUACGUACUGA